CGGGAUCGGGCGGCAGCGCGGGUGGUCGUUGGGUUAGAAUCAGUCCCCGGCUGCUGAGGCGCUUGUCCGGUCCUCAUGGGCUUGGAGCCGCCGCUCGGGUUCGCUCAGCAUGUUCCCCAAAGGCUUUUUCAGCCUCCUGUUGCUAAGGGACACGUGACUGCAAUUGAAAUGGCUGUCUCUGGACCUAAGACUACUUUGUUCUUCUGGUGAAAAUUCUUCUGGUCAAGGAGAGUGACUUUGGGGAUUAGUUCCGGCCUCGAGAGCGCACAGUCAGCAUCCUUCACCCACAUGCUUCAGUUUUUCAAGACGCAGGCCUCGCCCACUCCUCCAUCCUACACAGACGGAGCUCCGACUGUCCCCAAGGCCUCUUCCCGGGCAGCGGGCACACAGCCACCAGGCAGGCUUGAGGGUGCCCAAAUCAGCUGAUGACGAGCAUCCCUUCUCUCAGAGGGCUUUUACCCAGUUGGAGAAAGAAGACCUCCAUUUACGCUGAUGAAAAAUUAGAGAGCUCCGCCAGGCGACGUCAGAAGCAAACGCGAAAUCUGUGUGAUUGGUCUUAGUAGGGUUGUAGGCUUGUUCUGCCUAUUUACAAACAAAUCAGUAAACUUCAUCUGGUUCAAGUUUGUAGCAGAAAACCGGAUGAAAACCGCGGCUUCGGGACAGUCGGUAAGGAAUGGCAGCGGCGGGAGAAGGGCUGGGGCGCUGGGGAGAGCCCCAUCCCAGCCCCAGCCCGGGGGGCGUGCCGGAGGGAGACCCGGGCCCGGUGUGUCGCCCCGCCCCCUGUCUCCUGGGGCCGGGGCCGGGCUGGGGGCGGGCCCCCGGCGGCGGCGGCCGGGCUUUGUGGCGCGCGGGUUCCAGGCGGCAUGGCCCGCCCCGCGCCCGCCGGCUUCCCCGCGCGCACCAACAGCCGCCUGGACGCCUUCCUGCGCCGCCACCUGCCGCCCGCCGUCUACGACGCCGUCCGCGCCUACGAGCCGUGCGUCGUGGUGUCCGACUCGGAGAAGCACACCCUCAAGUACGUGGUGCUCAGCGACCGGCUCAUCUACCUGACCGAGAACCCGCCCAAGUCCAUCCGGCGGGUCGUGGCGCUGCGGGACGUCGUGGCCAUCGACCUGUCAAAGAAGAGAAGAAUGGCCCCGUCUUUUGGAGAGGCAGAGCGCCUGCAAGUUUGAAUGAAGCCCCUCACAGGUACCGCCAGGAGAGCAGCACAUUGUCCGGGGACUCACUCCUCUGUCCUCCUUCAGACCUCAAGAAGCCGUCCCUUCACGGCCAGCGGGCUUUUCGACCUUUACCCAUCCCCUCCAGAAGGAGCCGUCAGUUAACAUCAGCCGCUGGCAAGGCUGUCAGCGUGCCGUCUUGUACAGCAAACACAAAAGAACCCCAGGGACUUCGAGAUCACGGAGACUCUCUAAGUGAAAUCCCCUUCCAGUGCGAUGGGAACGGACACGAGUCUCACUUAGGCAAUUCCUCCCUGGCCUCCCCUUUCCAGAGCAACCCAAACCUGGAGAAGAAAGAGUCAGAACUUCAUUUGUACAUUAUUUCCACAGCCUCAUCCAUAUUUCUGCACUUAAAAAGUUCAUGGAACAAUUAUAUUAUAAAAGCCACUCUUUUACAAGACCCCCUCUCCGUCAGUGAGCUCCGCCCUGCUGCGGGCAGUCAGAAGCCGUACAGAUCUGAGGAGAAAAUUAAGCACUUCAGUCAACUUAAAUCUGAACUCUUUCUUAAAGACAAUACUUUGAGGAAGAUGCUCUGUCUAAUUACGCAACUUAAAUUAGCAGCCCAGAAAAACUUCAUUCUGAAAAGGCUUUUCUGGAAAACCAGUGACCUUUUCUAUUUCCUAGUGAGCAAACUUCAUGAGUACCUGCCAGAGUCUAGGGAUAAGAAUGCACUUCAAAAUAAAAGCCGAAGGGCUGAUGAACUGGUGGCAUGCAUUGAAAUUGUACAGACUCUGGGACUGAUGUUCAGAGAAACAGAAACUGAGUUAUCGCGCCUGAACACGUUGGCAGCUAAGGAGGGAACACUAUUUAAUCUCUUGGUGAUUUUAAUUAGUGAGCCUCAGAUUCCAAAAUCUUGUCCUGUGUUUGAUAUCCAGUUGGUGGCCGAUUCAACUUUAGCUGAGAUGUCUUUUGAUGCUGAGUUGCAGAAGCUCAUCCUGGAAUACACAGACACGGCUACAGCACUUUUAUACGAGAUACUUCUUGUCUUUCAGCAGGGAAAUCUUGGAUUGGGAUCCACACAGUUUGCUGUGAGCUGGCUGAUGUCCUUCCUGCAAAGUCGCCCUCCCAUAAUGACUUUCGUGGCCAGUGUUGUGAAACAAGUGGUGAAGGGGCUUUCAGCUUCGCUCCAGCUGCUGAGUCCCGGCCAGGCAGUUCUGUUGUACCAGCAGCUCUGCAUCCUCAGGAGCUGCCUGCAGUACAGCAAGACUUUAGCCGAGUAUAUUAGGAAUGACUACAGAGAAGAAUUCCGGCACCUGUGGGCCAAUGUGAGCCGUCUCGUAGAGUCUCUGUGAAAGAGAAAUUGUCUGUAAGCAGUUAUGGCUCUCCCAAACAUUCAACAAAAUGACUUCACUGUAUCUUAGGGCAAUAAACCAAUUUAAUCCAACCAAACGUUAGCUUUGGCAUCACUGUGAGCUAUCGAAUUUGGGCUUCUAAGAACUUAGGACCUGGGCCCUCCAUUCAGCUUUAUCAUGACUUGAGGGGGGAUCAGAGAAAAAUCUACCUCUGAAGAAAGAGCUCCCCAGCCAGACCUGCCUGUGCGGGGCAGUGGAGAGAGGCUCUGGCUGAGCCACUAACCAGCUACUCGACCUCGAACAAGUCAGGUCUCCUUUCUGGGCCUCCUCUGCUAUGCGGAAGGGUGGGACUGGAUGGUCUCCAGGUUCUCCUCCAGCUCUAACAUGCUCUGUGACGCAACACUUGUUAACGCGCUCUUGUGGGGUACCGCAUUCCUCUGCUGUCCUGCUCAGUGGAUGAUUUCACUUGAUUCCAAAGAAUCCUGCUUUCUUUGGACCAAACAUUUCCCUCUCAGCUGUCACCAACAUCACCCCACAAAGUGUCCAAGCUUUCCCCACAGGACUACAAGGCUUCUACCCUCCAAUCUGGGGGCAGAGAUGGCGGCAAAAUGGUGUUGAUGAGUGUCCUGGGCAGUUGGAUGAGGGAUUAUUCCCAAGAGAUGGUCAAUCAGAAGAAAAGGAAAAGAUUCUUGGACGAAGGCGAGCAACACUUCGACAUGGACCAAUGAUGGACAGUGGGCUGACUACUAGUGAACAGUGGGACCCACACAAUGACGAAGAGAGGAUCAGCUCAGCUCUUCAUCAGCUUCUGAGCAGUGCCUGGCUCAGAGCCUGGAGACGGCUUGGGGUUUCUCUCCCACAUGCUUUCUUGUCCACAUUGCCUCUUCUCUCCCACUGUUCUCUUCACUCUGAGAGCAGACUUUAUCUAAUUUUCGGGAGCAAAACCUCUGUCAGAACCUACCUGAGUCUUUCCAUGUAGGGCUAAGUCAGUAGCUUUUUUGAAAGCUGAUCAUUAAAUAUUUGUUAUCUCGACUUUCUUAUGACACAUGUCUAUUCAUUUGCACAGUGUGGCAGGGACAGAAAUUAAGACUUUGAGGAGUUGUCCUGCCACAAUUCUUUCCUACUGUGUUUUUCUGCGUUGUUGCCAAAGCCAAGAAAAUCACUAAAUAAUCCAUCUCAAUAAAUGACCACGCGCAUUUGAUUGACUAAAUAUUGACCUCAAUCACAAAAUAAUUAUUUUUCAG